AGACGCUAUUUCUCUUUAGAACACCAGUCUUCUUUUCAGCCAUGUCUGGUCGCGGUAAGGGCGGUAAGGGUCUGGGCAAAGGGGGCGCCAAGCGCCACCGCAAAGUCCUGCGCGAUAACAUCCAGGGCAUCACCAAGCCCGCCAUCCGCCGCCUGGCCCGGCGCGGGGGAGUGAAGCGCAUCUCCGGCCUCAUCUACGAGGAGACCCGCGGCGUGCUGAAGGUGUUCCUGGAGAACGUGAUCCGCGACGCCGUCACCUACACGGAGCACGCCAAGCGCAAGACCGUCACCGCCAUGGACGUGGUCUACGCGCUCAAGCGCCAGGGCCGAAGGCUACAGAGCUUUCGCCAUGUGAAGAAUGGCCGGAACCGAAUGGCUCGCACCAAGCAGACCGCCCGCAAGUCCACCGGCGGCAAGGCCCCGCGCAAGCAGCUGGCCACCAAGGCCGCCCGUAAGAGCGCCCCGGCCACGGGCGGCGUGAAGAAGCCCCACCGCUACCGGCCCGGCACCGUGGCGCUGCGCGAGAUCCGGCGCUACCAGAAGUCGACCGAGCUGCUGAUCCGCAAGCUGCCGUUCCAGCGCCUGGUGCGCGAGAUCGCGCAGGACUUCAAGACCGACCUGCGCUUCCAGAGCUCGGCCGUCAUGGCCCUGCAGGAAGCCUGCGAGGCCUACCUCGUGGGUCUGUUUGAGGACACCAACCUUGCAGUCAUGUCUGGUCGUGGCAAGGGCGGUAAGGGUCUGGGCAAAGGGGGCGCCAAGCGCCACCGCAAAGUCCUGCGCGAUAACAUCCAGGGCAUCACCAAGCCCGCCAUCCGCCGCCUGGCCCGGCGCGGGGGAGUGAAGCGCAUCUCCGGCCUCAUCUACGAGGAGACCCGCGGCGUGCUGAAGGUGUUCCUGGAGAACGUGAUCCGCGACGCCGUCACCUACACGGAGCACGCCAAGCGCAAGACCGUCACCGCCAUGGACGUGGUCUACGCGCUCAAGCGCCAGGGCCGCACCCUCUACGGCUUCGGCGGCUGAGCUGCUCAGAUUCUGUUACAGCCUAAAGGUCCUUUUCAGGACCACCACAUACUUCGUUGAGGAGCCAACGCUUGCUCGGAAUUUUUCGCUAAAAUACAAUUUCAGUCUGUCCAGAAUGGGAAUGAAAAGUGAGUGGUGACAGGUUGUCCAAUCAGCACCCCUGUCUGUGCCUAAUAGGCAUGUGGGUCAAAAACAAUCCUGUCAGACUGAAUUCUCUUUUUCCUCACUGUUUCUUUUUCUAGGUAGAUUUUAGGCAGUUUAACCCCUUUCCUGCUGACCCCCACCCCCGCUCUCUGAGGGUUCUUCCCUGCCCUCUUAGUUAGGAACUACCUUGCCACACAAAUCACUUGUUACAUUGUAAUUUGUACAUUCAGUGAUAUAGUAUGAGGUUGCUCAGGCUUUGUAAACUGCCAUGCUACCUCGGAUGCAAUAAAGUUCUGAGUAAAA